AUGGUUUGUGCCGUGUUUGCACAGGAGUCCAACUUCAAAAGCCUGACCAAAGAUGACCUCUGGCAGGCAUUCUUUACGAAGCGGAUGAUGUACAAGCGCCGAGAGGCCAAUGGCUCGCUGUCGGAGGAGCUGAAGGACGCUGACGACCAGGUGGACUGGGACUUGGUCAUGGAGGCCUUUCGCGUCCUGUCGGGGCACGAGGCGCGCUCGGCCUACGAGCAGGGCAACCUGGCUGCUCAUGCCCAGCGCCAGCUCCUGGGGCUCCGGGUCAUGCACGAAGCCAGAGUGCAAGAGGAGGAGCGACGAAGAGCAAAGGAAGAAGAAGCAGAAGCUGCACCUGCAGAUCAGGAGUGA